UCUAUUAGUGCAAAUUGGAAAACUAAUCGAAUUGUCACGUGUUGUCCAUUUAAUGAUAGAAUUCAUGAAUAUUCUCGCGAAUCUUUAGCAAUUUGCUUAUAUUAUGGAUGAACAAUCCGAAAAAAUUGGAAGAUUAUGGACGGUUAGUAUCGCUGUUCCAUCAUCGAUUGUUGAUAAUGCUCAAUCAGCCGAAUUGAAAUCAUAUCUUGUUGGACAAAUUGCUCGUUCAUUGGUCAUAUUUAAAAUUGAUGAAAUUAUCAUUUAUGAUGAAUAUUGUAUUCCUGGUACUCCAGAACAAGUCAUUCUUGACAAAAGAAAAGAAUCAAUGGUUCAAGCUAUACGAAUUCUAGAAUAUCUUGAAUGUCCUCAGUAUUUACGACGACAGCUGUUUCCCAUACAAAAAUAUUUGCAAUAUGCUGGUUUAUUGAAUCCGCUAGAAGCACCGAAUCAUUUAAGUUCUAAAGAUCAAUGUCCAUAUCGAGAAGGUAUCGUUCUUAAUAAGCCACAUAAACAAGGAUCAUUUGUCAAUAUUGGUCUCAAACAGGACUGUCAAGUGGAUCGAAGUUUGCAGCCUAAUGUUCGUGUUACAGUCAAGCUUGAACCAAAUUCAAAAAAAUUACGUGGAAAAAUUGUUUCUCCAUCUGAACCAAGAGAAAAAUUGGGCCUUUAUUGGGGUUAUUCAAUACGAAUGGCCAAUUCUUUGAGUGAAGUCUUUGAUGGCUGUCCAUAUGAAGGUGGUUACGAUUUAAAAAUAGGCACAUCAGAUAAAGGUGACAAUGUGGAUAAAACAAUAAAGAAAAUUCCUUUCACAAGUUCAAUGCAUUCGUUGAUUGUUUUCGGAGGAUUACGUGGUAUCGAAUCGGCACAUGAAUCUGAUGAAUCAUUGAGUCAUGUCCAAGAAACAAGCGAAUUAUUCGAUUAUUAUUUGAACACUUGUCCAAAUCAAGGAUCAGAUACGAUUCGUACUGAAGAAGCCAUUUUGAUAACGUUAUCUGUAUUACGGCGUCGUUUAACUGAACCAGGAAGAAAAACUGUAACAAAAACAACAAAACAAAUAAAUAAUACAUCUUCAUUUACCAUGUUUGGAAUUUUCGCCUUAAUUUUGAUUAUAUUCGAAAUUCUUUUAUUUACUCGAUCGAUAUUGUUCAUAAUAAAUGAGGAUCCUUCAAUGUUAAAUGGCUUUGGAUGGCAAGAAACAAGUCAUUUAUUAACAUUGUCCAUCUCAAGGAUCAUCUGCUUUUUACUUUGGAUAUUUUUUAUGAAUAGUCAAUUAUCAUUAAUACCAUGGAGUAAAGAUCAAUUCGAAUUAUCAAUGGAAGAUCCAAUGACUGAAGAAAUCACAUUAAAUCCUUGUUCACCAAUAUAUAUUGGAAGAAUUAGGCAAAUCAAUCGAUAAUAAAAACAAAUCCCAUCAAAUAAUACAUUCAACA